UCAGUGGCGUCUGUCUUCGAGCGCUAAUUUGACAACAAGGUGGAUGCAGCUUCCAGCGUUGCAAUGGGCUGUAGAGAUUGACGCUGUAGUAUGUAGGUCAACGAAGCCUGCUGCCAAUGUUUACUUGUCCAGCAUGUCUGCUCCAGCCUGAUCCUGCAGACACAGACGCUUUGUUGUUGUCAACAUCCUUUCACGGUGCGUAGGUCGGAAAAGCACGAUGUUCAAGCAGCUGUGCGCGUGAGGCAGCAGCUGGCAGCAGGUUAAAGAGAAUUCCUCCUCUCCUCUCCUUUGUCCGCCACCAUCAUGGCGAUGUUUCGGAGUUUUGUCUCUGCGAGCACACAGUUCCGUCAGCAGCAGCAGCAGCAGCAGACCUGCAGCGGCUCCUGCUCACCGCCUGCCCCCGCAGAGGGCAUCGAGAGCCAGUUUUCAUGUCCCAUCUGCCUGGAGGUUUACCACAAACCCGUCAGCAUCGCCAGCUGUGCUCACACGUUCUGUGGGGAGUGUCUGCAGCCUUGUCUUCAGGUGACCUCACCCCUCUGCCCACUCUGUCGUGUGCCAUUUGACCCCAAAAAAGUGGAGCGCUCCUGCAGUGUGGAGAAGCAGCUGGCCUCAUACAAAGCUCCCUGCAGGGGCUGUAGCAAAAAGGUGGCUCUGGUGAAGAUGAGGUCCCACGUUGCAUCCUGUUCUAAAGUACAGGAGCAGCUAGCCAACUGUCCCAAGUUUGUCCCUGUGGUGCCCACCUCUCAACCGAUACCAAGCAAUAUUCCAAACCGGUCCACAUUUGUGUGUCCAUUCUGUGGAGCCAGAAACUUGGACCAGCAGGAACUGGUGAAGCACUGUAUGGACAACCACCGUAAUGACCCUAAUAAAGUGGUGUGUCCAGUGUGUUCAGCCAUGCCGUGGGGAGACCCCAGCUACAAGAGCUCCAACUUUCUCCAGCAUCUCCUCCACAGACACAAGUUCUCUUAUGACACCUUUGUUGACUACAGCAUUGAUGAAGAGGCAGCACUGCAGGCAGCUCUUACACUGUCACUGGCUGAGAACUGACUGCUCUCACCACCACCACCACCACCAUUCUGUCACUGUAUGAACCUGGCAGGCACACACACACACACACCUGAAGCCAGUGUUUGGAGGGAUCCACCGAACACAGGAGUGCAGCCAGCCGUGGUUCCUAACACACAAACAAAGGAUUUUGCUCUUUGUGUGUCAGCACGUCCACUUCCUGUAAUAUUAAGAAACAAAGGCAGUUUGUCUACGGCCCUGCUGCAUCAUGGACAAACCUGAAUCCAGGCGCUCCAUGGAGAGAUGCUGCGUUAACUCAUCACCCACAACCUUCAUCUGGAUUUCUACAGCAUGAAGAAGCCUGCUGACUUCUCACUGGUUGAGGCUGCACUUUCUUCCACAAAAUUCAAGUUAUAACUGUAACAUUUACAUUUUUACCAGCAUUUUCAGCCACAAUUUUAAGUCCGUAUGAAACCUAUGCACCAAUCAAAUCAAAUGAAAUUCACUCAUUCACCCAAAUGGAGUCCAAAUCAGUAGUACUGUAAUAAUCUCCUUGUUGUUCAAGUGAAAUAGUGACACACAAUAUUAUUGCAUGAUAUUGAUAGGGAUGCACCGAUCCGACUUUUUCAGUCCCGAUACUGACACCAUCGAUGAAUGAAUGAACUGUUCAUGUUACCAUGUGGAAGAGACAGACUGAAGGCAACAGGCAAUGUAACAAAUGAACACUUACAUAUAAAUGAACAGAAUUAUUAUUUGUUAAAUAAAUAAAUAAAUAAAUAAAUAAAUAAAUGUUAAACAUAUGAAGGAGUAUUAGAGCCAGCCUUAUAAUUUCUUUAUUAUUAUAGCUGAUUCUGAAGUACCACUUAAUUGGCGCAUCUAUAGAGGCAGCCAUGGCCAUCGACUAUAGUUCUAAAUUAAUUUAUUUUUAUUCCUGACUUUUUUUUCUUUUUUUUUU